GUGUCAGCUAGAUGAGGUGACAAAGGAAAAGAACUCCUUUCAUCUACAGUUCAACAAGAGUAACCAAACUGCAGCUGACCUUCAGGACAGGUUUUCAGUAGAAGUAGACAAGAAUAGGAAGCUAACAGACGACAUCAAUGUGUGUCAGAGAAAGAUGGUGGCUUUACAGGCCGAACUGGAGGACGCCAAAAUGUCAUCCAGUCAACCCUACGAGGAUAUCAAUCGGCUGCAGCGAGAUAUUGACUGCCUUGUAAGAGAAAAUGAAAAUUACAAGAGAAGAUCUGAGAAGGAACAGCUAAUGAGACAAGAGUGUGAGGACAAGCUGAGCCAGUGUAUGAAGAAGGCCGAAUUCAACGAACAGGUGUUCAACCAGCAGAUGAACGAGGCCCGUGAACGGCUGAAUGUAUCCACGGCUACCAUACUGUCACUGGAAGGUCGUGUGCGCGACCUGAGUAAGACGGACACUACGGUGCCCGAGAUGAUUCGUCAAGUGAGGGAGGCAGCCGAGGAGGAACUUGCUCAGUACAAAAUGAAUUCUGAAAAUGAAUUCGCCCGCAAUAUAAACUCUCUGAAAGUCCAGAUGGAAAAUGAUGCCCAAACAGUAGAAAGGAUAAACCGAGAGAAAUCUGACCUGUUGGGAAGCACCGGCGAGUUAAAGGCCAGGAUUACCUCCCUUGAGGGACAGAUACAGAUGUUGGAACAUCAGAGAAAGUCUGCUGAAGAAAUGUUGCAGCAAGAACGACAGCGAUCUGCUGAACAGAUUCAAAUCAUGGAGAAGAAAUUCCGGGAAGUCCAAGAUUUACUUAUUGUGAAAAUGAGGGAAGUGAAUGUGUCGCGAGACACAAACAUCCCACUGAAGGCAGAGAUUGAGGCCAUGAAGGUUCUACUAGAGGAGGAGGAGCGCAGACUUUGUAAUUCUGCUGUUUUCACUACACAACAAACCACAACUACGCCAGCUACUGUGGCAUACACUGCCGCCAUGCGACCUUUGACUCCCUCAGCUCCUCCCAUGUCGCCAGCUCACCCAGCCAUGUUUUCUAACAUGCAUCUGACAGAAGUCGGCCCGGAUUCUAUGGUGCCCCAUACCGAGAUGCUUGACCCUGUUGUAUCUUCAACCCUAGCCAAACAGGAAUAUGAAACCAUGGCAACCUCACCUGACUUCCCUUGUGCCACACGUUAUACUUAUGAGGCCACACCCAGUAUGAACCGUCUACAGAUCGAACCGUCACCACCUGUUACUCCUCGACCUGUUGGUCCAGUUGCCAGGGUCAAAUCAGCCCCAG